CUUGAAAUGAAUACCUGGAACAGUAUUCUGAGUUGACGUCUGAGUUGCGACCUUUAUAUAUACACAGUCUAUGGUUGCGACACCGCUGAGUUGAACAGGCAGUGGCAGUCCAAACUUCAUAACUCAGAAUGGAGAGCUUCGAAACUGCAGCCAACAUGGAAUUGUCAACCAACUUUUCCCAGGUUGUGUUUCAGGAAAUCCCCAACUCAUAUGUGUCAAAUGUUGCCUUGACUUGCUGCUACACUCUGACAGCAGCAAUCCAACCGAAUCCCAGAGACUGGGUGGGGAUAUUCAAGGUGGGCUGGAGCACCACAAAGGAUUAUCACACAUUUGUGUGGGUAGAACCAUCAUUGGAUCUGAUAGGACUGGAGACAGUCAGAAAACAAGUGCUUUUUACUGCAUACUACUUGCCAAAGGAUGACUCAGCAUUCUAUCAGUUCUGCUAUGUUGAUAGCAAUGGCCAAGUUAGAGGAGCCAGCACCCCCUUCUGCUUUAAAACCCCAGGGGAACAAAGCACAGACUGCAGCCUUGAAAAUGACCUCUUGGUUAUCAUAACUCAGGAAAAGGUAGAGCAACGUGAGAGGGAGAAAGAAGAGCUGGUCAUGGAGUUGGGGCAACUGAAAGAACAAAAUGAGACUCUGAGAAAUGCUCUGAAAGAGCAACAGCAAGAGAUUGAUCACCUCAAGCUGUCAAAUGAGGAACUAUACCAGGCAGAUGGGAACACGGAGAAUACGCAGGAGAAUGCAAGAAAGCAUGAAGAACUGACAGAGAACACUAAACUAAUGGAUGACUCACACAGAGGGCAGGAGGAACAGGUGGGAAAAAGUGAAAGGGAGAAAGAAGAGCUGACCAUGGAGUUGGGGCAACUGAAAGAGCAAAAUGAGACUCUGACAUGUGCCCUAAAGGAGCAGCAGCAAGAGAUUGAUCACCUCAAGGAAUCCAAAGAGGAACUGGUACAGUUAGUGAGCAAACUGGAGCGGCAGCAACAGAAUACUAGAGAGCAUGAAGAACUGGCACAGAAUGCUAAAUCAAUGGAUGAAUCACAGAGAGGACAGGAGUCUCUGACCCCCAUUCAUGAAAAAUAUUUGGGGAGUUUAGUGUCAAAACAUGUGACAGCUUCUCUGACCCCUAUUUGUGAGAAAUAUGAAAGAGCGUUGAUCAAGAUCAAACAGCUAAAGAAAGAACGAGAGGUGUUAAGAGGAAAAGUUGAGGUCCAAAGUGUGGAGAUCGCACAGCUGAGCCCAAGGCUCAAAGAAUCUGAGCGGGAGUCACACAGACUGAAGGCUCACAUUCAGCUUUUACAGGUGGAUCUCCAGAGCAGUAAGAAAGAGAAGAAGGGUUCUGCCCUAAAGGAGCAACAGCAAGAGGAAUCCAAAGAGGAACUGUUACAGGUAGUGAGCAAACUGGAGCGGCAGCAACAGAAUACUAGAGAGCAUGAAGAACUGGCACAGAAUGCUAAAUCAAUGGAUGAAUCACAGAGGGGACAGGAGUCUCUGACAACUAUUUGUGAGAAAUAUGAACGAGCGUUGAUCACGAUCAAACAGCUGAAGAAGGAGCGAGAGGAGUUGAAAGGAAAGAUUGAGGUCCAAAGUGUGGAAAUUGCACAGCUGAGCCCAAGACUCAAAGAAUCUGAGCAGGAGUCCCACAAACUGAAGGAUCAUAUUCAGCUUCUACAGGUGGAUCUCCAGAGCAGUGAGAAGGAGAAGCUUUCUGCAGCGCUGCACAGAGUGUGUGGUGUCACACAUGAUCUACAGGACCUGAAGACUGAGAACAAGGCAUUACGUAGAAGCCUGUCAGAGCAGGAGCAGCAGCCACUGCAGAUGGUGGACAGUGAUUGGAAGGAGCAAUACCAAGCCCUUCUUGGUCAGCUGGAGGAGGCUCAGACACAGUUGCACAAGGAGUUGCAGGCUUCCAACAAUACCCGCAAACGUGCAGAGCAAGCAGAAAGGGAACUGGAGGAGCUCAAGGAGUGCAUGGAGAGCCCGGCCAUGACGUCUGAUCAGACAAAGCAGGAGAGCAGCAAACUAGAGAUGCAACUUUCAGAGUUAAACGAAAUCAUUGAGGAGAAAGAAAACAUGGCAGAGAUCGCUAAAGUAGAGAAAGAGGAGUUGUCCAGAGAGAAUCAGGAUCUCAAAAGAGAUAUUGAAAGACUUCGCAAGGAAUUUGAUGACAUCCAGGCUGCUCCAGUGCCCAUGCAGUAUCCCAACCCUUAUGGCUCUUCAACUGACCCUAACACCAAUAAGGAGCAGCAGCAAGAGGCUGACUCUCUCCACUUUGGGAACCCAUAUGAAACCCCAGGCACGGCUACAAACCUGGAGGAAGAGUUGUCCUUGGAGUGUCGUCACUGCCAUGAGUCCUUCCCUGGCAUCACCCAGGACGAGCUGGAGCUGCACGAACACAGCCACAGAGCGUGCCCCUUCUGCACCCUCAUCUGUGACGGAAUGGAGCAGGCUUUAUAUGAAGACCACGUUUACAGCCAUGAGGUGUAGAGAUGCUACUUCCUCACAACCCGGAGUUGUUUGUGAGUUGACUACUCAUAAUUUAAAAAAAAAAAGAAGCUGAUACUCUAAUUAUUUAGUAAGGGGGGGAGGGCAAAUAAAUAUGGGCUAACAACCAAUCCAGGAUAUUAUAUAAAUAACAUGUAUAAUCCCCUGUUCAUUACGGUAAAUGUCCUCUUACCUGGUCAAAUAAGUUAAGAAUUAAAUGUCUGGUAAAUCCAUAGCUAAUUUAUUUAGCCUGAAAUGUAUCAUACUAUAUCAGAUAUUUCUUUGAUGGCACUUGGAGUAGAAUUUUGCCUCCAUUGCUGGGUGAUAGAAAUGUAUUGCUUUGCUAUUUAAUGGUUUCCUAUGUUUACUCCGUUAUAAUCUCUGCUGAACUGUUUACUUUGCGUAAUUACACUAUACUAACUUUCUGCCCUUAAACCUCCUGAAAAUAUGUAUACAUAACGUGUUGCAUAAUAGAGUCAAACACUUAAUGGUCAAAUGAUGCCAUCUGAAAAUGAAAUGGUUCAAAUGGGAUUCAUGUGGGAAGCAACAAAUAAAGUUGUCUUCACAGUUGUGUUGACAUGGAAGUA